AUGGGGUUUCGGCUGACCCAGUUUCCAAGCACCUUUUGCCUUUGGUACAAGAACGACAUUAGGAGAUUACGGAUUGCCAAAAUAAAGGAACAGAAACGACGCGGGACGAUGAUGCAUCUCGCCCGCCUCGUCACCUUGGCCAUAUGCCUGCUAUGGGCGGCGGGCAACAACAACAGCUCCGCCGGCGCCGUGUCGACAAAACCCCCUCGGAGCCGCCACCGCUGGCCGCCCGGGUACGACCCUGGAUAUCUCAUCGUCUACCGCGGCGACAACCGGAGCCCGGCUCAGAUCCGAGAAGCCGGCGGGUUCCGCCCCCUGCCGGGCUGGCAGAGCCAGGAGCGCGCCUUCGUCAUGGACAACAACUACCGCCGGGGCGCCGCGGGCUGCGACCCCGACCCCGACCCCUCGCACGUCACCGCGUACGUGUCGCUCGUCACCAGCCCGCGGGUGGCGGCGGGCCACGGCAGGUUCGUCUACGAGAUCCGCGCGACGCCAAACUUCUUCCUCAGCGGCGACUCCACGUCCCACGAGGUCUACGCGCUCGGGGGCGUGCAGUGGCGGCAGAUACGCCGGUACGGACAGACCAACAGACAGCACGCCUACUCCGAGGUGGAUAUGCUUGGCAACAGCGACUACGACGAGAACCUCUACGACCACUCUCGUCUCCGUCUUCUGUGCCGCGUCUGCGCCUUCUUUCCGUCUCAGCUGCAGAGCGGCGAGCCUGACGGCGGCGCCGAUGAGGAUACGUCGAGUCCCGCCAGGCGGGCCGCCUAUCGACUCAUGCAGACCACAGAGAUAAAGGCCCUUGCCGGUUCUUUUCCACAUACGCCCGUUCCUGGACGAUUCAACAUGCAUGGUCCCUUUCCCGGUGCGCGCCAAGCUCCUCCGAACAGCGGAUCUGAACGAGCUGUCAGCGAGCAGCUGCAAUUCUUCAUAGACCUCGGGCCCCAGACGCUGAGCAGGAUAUUCCCGUACGGUGACAGACUUAUCGAGGAGAUCUUUGAAGGCAUUUCUUGGGACGCCUGCCCUGCCGUAAAUCUCCCACACCCCGGGCCAGGCGGCAGUCACUUGCGCCGAAGCCUUUUUCGUACUAACGAAAAUGACAGCGCCGACGGCUGCUGCCAGGCGACUGCCGCGCUGCGCGGCAACAUUGAGAGACUCUCUGCCGGCGCCGCGCGGAACUGCACAAGUCUCUCGGCGCUCAAGUUUGGGCUCCAGCUAAGCGACCAGUGGUUCGCGGGGACAUGGGACUCUCUCGUUGUGGCCUUCGGGGCUGGCGAGACGCACGGAAUCGCAUCCAGCCCAAACACGGGGUUUCACGAGUGGCAAAAUAUUGACAUGCAGCGUGUCUUCAAGUCCGACGUGGUCCCGCUGCAUCACCUGACGAAGCUGAGAGGCAGGUGCGCCGACUCCCUCACGGAGCUACACCUUGACAGGCUGCAGUCGGAGAAUGUCAAGUCUUACCGUCCGCAAGUGCAGCAUGGCGUCCCCUGGGUAGCGUGGUCAAAAGACAUCGACCCGAGCAAGGACUGGGCAACGUAUAUCGACUGCAGUCACUUCAAGGCAAUCGAAGUUGAGCUGCGCGUCCCCAAGUCCUCUAGCGUUGUAGUCGAGGAUCUCUUUGUGAAUUUCGAAAACGAGGGCAUCAACCGCAACGCAGUAACGGCCAGGACCAAGUCCUUCGAAAAAGACCAUCAUGUAGUCACCGUAUUGCGGAGGAGGUUUAGUCAGAACCCGGUUCCGGUUCGGGACAUCAAGCAUUUUGGCGUCUACUCGCUUCCCAAGCAAGAACCGAUAGCUUCUUGGUGGAAGACGAUAGGGCUUACCGUCAAGGGGCAUUGUGCUGGUUCAAACAACGUGGCCCUGUUCGACAAGUACACCGAGACCAGAGACAAACCUGAGCACAGAGACCUCAUGUCCAAUGAUGAACGGGAGAUUCUCAUGACAGACUGGCGGUGGGCGACGCCCGAAACGGAGACAGAGUUGGGAACACGCGCGCCGAGCGACUUCUGGUUAUUCAGUGGAGCAUAG